AUGUCCGAUCGUUCGGGGCCAACAAUCAAAGGAAAGGAUGGGAAAACCAAGUACACGACCCUCAGCCUGUUUGAUAAAUAUAAAGGAAAGUCAGUAGAAACAGUCAGAAGCACCAUUAUUCCUCGACAUGGGUUGCAGAGUCUCGGGAAAGUUGCGUCUGCGCGGCGAAUGCCCCCCCCGGCCAACUUGCCAAGUCUGAAAUCGGAGCAUAAAGGAAACAACCCCAAUAUCAUCAUCGUGCCCAAGGACGGAACAGGAUGGGUAAACAAGCAGGACCCUCCAGAGCAAAAGAGUUCCAGUUGCACAGCCGCACAGCCGCAGGAAUCGCUGCCGCAGCAGGAUUUGCAGAAAUCUGUCUCCAAUUUACAGAAGCGGACCCCGUCCAUCAGCCAGGAGAAUACAAGUUCAGCACCAGGUGGUAUAAAAUCAUGGGCGCAGCUGAAUGGAAAGCCAGCCAGAUCAGAAGGUGGUUCAAGGGUCUCAAACCGACUGUUAUCCUUCUCUCCCGAGGAUUUUCCAACGUUGAAAGCAGCUGGAGAGCAGGACAGGUCUGGAAAAGAAAAGGGCGUCUUAGAUCCGUCGUAUGGGCCCGGACCAAGCCUCCGCCCCCAGAAUGUCACAAGUUGGAGGGAAGGUGGUGGUAGAAACAGCACCUCGUCCACCUCUUUGUCCCCCUUCCCAACUGAGCUGGCUACCAAGAGCUCCAGUGCAGGAGAGGAUGCUCCGGCCUCAGCGAGCGGUGCCAAUCCGAAGGAGCCGUCUCCCUGUCCUUCUCUGCCUCCUCGCAAAGGACCGUCUCAGUUUAUGGCCAACACGUACCAGCCACCCACUUACCACGACAUGCUGCCCGCCUUCAUGUGUUCAAAUCCACCAGCCGAGACCCCCAGCUUGCCAGAACGGGCAUCCUUUCCUCUCCCCUCCUUCUGCCUGGAACCCCGCGUCCCCUUCAGACAACAUCAGCCCACUGACCAAGACGGAAAAGAAAAGCGACUUGGGGUUCCACGGCCAGCUCGUCCGGUCCGACCGCCAGGGGAGCGAGUCCCCAGACCGACCAUCAUCAAUGCAGAGAACCUGAAAGGUCUGGAUGAACUGGACAAUGACACGGAGGACGGAUGGGCAGGAAUUCACGACGAAGUCGAUUAUUCCGAAAAACUGAAGUUUAGCGAGGAUGAGGAAGAGGAAGAAAACCCCAAGGAUGGAAGGCAGAAAUGGAACAGCUGGGAUCCCCGAAGGCUGCCUCUGUUGAGCUCGGCAGAAAACACCGAUGCCAGGCACCCCCCAGAGGACCCCAAGACUUGGAACGACUCAGCCAGCCUAUCUCGGUCCAUGCACAAAGUGUCGGAAAGUCUGCCAACCUCCAGGAAGCUGAACGGCUGGACCCCUCUUCCAGAAUAUCAGAAACCCCCGCUGUCGUGUCUGCGGCAACAGUGUUCGGAAGAGAAAGAAGAGAACCUGCCCCUGAGGCAGAAGUUUGUCUACUCGGAAAUGUCGGAAGCCGUGGAGCGGGCCAGGCGGCGACGGGAAGAGGAAGAGCGCAGAGCGCGGGAAGAGCGCCUGGCCGCCUGUGCGGCGAAACUGAAGGAGCUGGAUCAGAAGUGCAAGCUCGCUCAGAAAGCAGGAGAGGGUCACAAACACCCAGAGAGUGACGAACCCCGAGCCUCGGCCUCGGAGAAGAACACCGUCUCGGAGAACGGCCACGCAGCCCGGAGAGCGGUCCCUGAAGCUCAUACCCAGGAAUCCCCUUCUGGUUACGUGGAUGAGGAGACCCCAACAGUUGCCUCAACAGCUCUCCGGAGUAGCAGCGAGGAGGAGCUGCGCGAAACUGUCUCCCCCAUGCAGGAAUUUGGCAAAUUCCCUAAGCUGCUCCCGCCACGAUUCCAGAGAAAGCAACAAGUAAGAGAAACAACGUGGUGUUUGUUUCAAUAACCAAAUAACUUUUCUCGUACCGACCAGCUCUACAAAAUGCAAAACUGGCCACCUUCCCAGGUCUAUCCACCCUCUUCCCAUCCUCCGCGGACUUUCUACCCGGCCCACCCACAGAUGUUGGGGUUCGAUCCUCGAUGGUUGAUGAUGCCUUCUUACAUGGACCCUCGGGUCACUCCAGGACGCCCCCCUGUAGAUUUCUACCCUUCAUCCCUUCAUCCAUCUGGGAUUAUGAAGCCGGCCAUGCAACCAGAUUCCGUGAAUGGGGGUAGCUGCCCAUCGGAGGAGCAGAGCUGCCAAUCUCUGGGGCUGCAGGAGAGAAAAGGGGAAGCUGCUUCCAUCUGGGGUCCGGGAAGUUCUGUUUCCCAGCCAAGGCAAGCAGAGUGUGGGACAGAGGAAGGAUUACAUUCCAGGGCUGAGAAUUCUUACUCUGCGCCAUCAGGGCUAAACACCCAACGUGACUUCUUCGAAGAAGUUGGAGAAGACUACUUGAGCUCCUUUGAGAAGAAGCCCCAGGGAAAUUUUGACCGAUGCCUCAGUCCCGCUCAAAGGGCACCCCAAGAACGCAUCUUUCACCCCCCGGAGUGUGGCUCUGACCUUUCUGAUCCUUGUGAUAGGAGCCUGUUGAAUUCUCCCUUGGAGUCCAGUUCCAUUCCGGAUGAAAAAAAGUCUGAAUACAACGGUUGGGAGAUGAGCCAUUUUUCCAAAACCUUGGAAGAGUCAUCUUCAGGGAAAGAAGAGAUGUUCCAGGAGGACUCGUUGUUUGGCUCUGAGAUGUGGAAGAAGGAAGGAUCUGCCAGUAAGCAAGCCAACCCUGGAACUGGAUGGACGACCCCCGAGAACCGAAACGGCAACAGUCAACCACCACAGCAGCAAGAGCAGACGAGCAGAACUCGUCGAUCUGGUCCAAUUAAGAAGCCGGUCCUGAAGGCUCUCAAGGUGGAAGAGAAGGAGAAAGAACUGGAAAAAGUGAAGGUCGAGAGCAGAGAGACUUCCCAGCCAGUUAAGGAAAAGGCCCCUGCACCGAAGGCGUCAGAGGAGACCAAUCCUGGCGGGAUUGUCCACUCUGCUCGCUACCGCACAUGGGAUGAAAAAUGCUCCCCACAAACUCCUGUCCAGGACGAGAGACCUCGCGAAAACGACGAGGAUGAUAGCAAAGAGAACGAGAAGCUAGUCAAGGACUGGGAGGGCAAGAAUCAGUCAAGGGAGUCUGCUGAGCUUCCCCUGACUAAAAGAAACAACUGGAUCUUCAUUGAUGAGGAACAGGCCUUCGGUGGACGGGGGCAAGGACGAGGCCGUGGACGCGGCUUCCGAGAAUUCACGUUCCGAGGCCGGAGCAACCCGGUGGGGUGUGGAGGUGUGGCUCCUGCUAGUGGUGGUGGUAGUGGGAAUCUCAGAGGCGGUUACAACAGCAGCAACGUCAGUGGUCCUCCAAGAAGUAGCCGAGGGCGAGCCUUGAGAGAGUUCAGCCAGGUGGAGGAGUUCCCGCGGGGAAAGCCCAGGCGUCGGAUUGCAAGCGAGACACACAGCGAAGGCUCCGAGUACGAGGAACUGCCAAAGCGCCGGCGUCAGAGGACCUCUGAGAAUAAUAACGAAGGUUCCCUGGCAGAAAGAGAAGAGGGUGACCUCAAGAAAGGGGAUUUCCGUGACUCCUGGAGAUCCAAUAAGAUCUAUUCAGAUGAUCAGGAUGCCAAGUUGAGAAACCCGCGAGCUUUUGGGCGAUCGCUACCCCCAAGAUUGAGCAACUCCACUUAUGGGCGACGAGGAUUCGUUGCUAAGGAGUCUUCCCAAUGGCAGGGCAGGAAUGGUGUAAAUACUUGGCAAGACUACGGCCACAACGCCCCUCUGGAUGCCUUUGGCAUCAGGCGUCCACCCGAGAGAGAUUACAGCCAAGAGUCUUACAAGCCUGUGGACUCGUUUAGCCGACGGGCCUUUGAAGAGGACUACGGAGGUGAUCCCGAAAACGCGGAGAACUGUCCGUUCCGUCGGCGGCGUCCGCCUCGUCAAGACAAACCUCCCCGAUUCAGGCGCUUGAGGCAGGAACGCGAGUCCGUGGGUCAGUGGACGCCCGAAGAGGGUGGAGCCAACGUUGCCGCUUGCCAGUGGCCCAGGAGAGCCCAACUGAUGGCGACCGACUAUAACGGUUCCUCCAGCCAAAGAUCUCCGGAACUGUCCUAUCAGAAUUCCUCGGAUCACGCCAACGAAGAGUGGGAGACGGCCUCGGAAAGCAGCGACUUCAGCGAGAGGCGGGAGAGGAGGGGUGGUGGUAGCGCUGGGGGAAACUCGGAGAACGAGGCGCCGUUGGAUGGCGGGGUACCCGGGAGCACCUUGGGGGAGAAGAGAGACCUGGCCAAGAGGAGUUUCUCCAGCCAGAGGCCUGUGGUAGAUCGGCAAAGCCGGAAGUCUGACCCCAUCGGAUUUGGGGAGAAAGCCGUACGAGCUGGUGGGAACCGACCAGCAUCCUACUAUGAGAAUCAGCAGAAUGGGCUACAGAUGAAGGGCAAAAGAUGUCCGGAAGAAAACGGCGUCCUUGACAACGGCAGUCCUGGACGAAACCGUUCCGCUUACGGGUCUCACUCCAACCUGAAUGGGGCCGAGAACCUGGAGAAGAGGCAAGAGAAGGAUCUUAAGUCUUCAAUCCCUCAAGCCAGCCAGGCGGGAGAGACCUUGGGUCCAUUCGAGCUGAGCUACGGAAAUGGUGUGAUGGACAGCCGUGGGCCGGGACCCGGGGAGGACUCCGAAGUGGGGCAGAUGAACAGCGAAGGCUUCAUCGAGGUCCUGACGAAGAAACAGCGACGGCUGCUGGAAGAGGAACGGAGAAAGAAAGAACAAGCCGCACAGGCUCCGGCGAAAGGCCGCCUCCUUCAGUCGCGCAUCCCACCUCGCUUUGCCAAGAAACAGAACAGCCUGUGCCUUGAACAAGGGGACGUCUCGGUGCCGCGAAACACCUUGGGGACGGAGAUUUGGGAGACCAACAGCGCAGCGCUGUCCGUUCAGUCCUCCACUCCCGAUUCCUGGAACAAGCCCAUCGGCACCUUUAUCGGAAACGAGUCCAGCUCUGCGGAGGGCUUCAAAGGCAGCCAGGGGGACAGCGGCAUCGAUUUGAGCGCGGAGUCGCGGGAAUCCUCGGCCACCUCCUCCCAGCGCAGCUCUCCGUACGGCACCCUCAAGCCGGAGGAGAUGAGCGGAAGUGGGCUGGGGGAGGCCAAGGGAGACGGACCGAAAGAACCGGCUCCAAAGCAGUUGGAUAAAAAGGAUUCGGAACAAGGCCUGGCUCCCGCCAAGGACCACAAACCGGGGCCCAUCGGGAACGAGCGCUCCUUGAAGAACCGGAAAGGCUCGGAAGGGGCCGAGCGCCUGGAGGGCAACAUGGCCCCCGUCAACGGGGUGGAGAUUCACGUGGACCCGGUUCUUCCUGUGCCGCCCAUUGAAUUCGGAGUGAAUCCUAAAGAUUCAGACUUCAGUCUCCCUCCUGGCUCUGCUCCUGGCACGCCAGCCAACCCGGUUGCGAAAUUACACAACGUGCUGGCCAGCAACCCUGGACUCACGCAGUCCCUCCCUGUUAUUCGAAGAGACCAUCAACUUCCCCGUUGCAUCAGCUUAAACAUGUCUUAUCCGACGGCAGAUCUGACCCUCAAAAUGGAGUCGGCCCGAAAGGCGUGGGAAAACUCCCCCAGCCUUCCUGAACAGAGCUCCCCUGGAGGUGUUGGCUCGGGCAUUCAGCCUACAUCCAGCAUUGGGGCUUCCAGUGGGGUCAGCUACAGCACCUUUGGGGGUGUUUCUGUCCCGCCGAUGCCCGUGGCCUCUGUGGCGCCUUCGGCUUCGAUCCCAGGUAACCACAUCACACCCUUGUAUUUAGAUGGACAUGUGUUUGCCAGCCAGCCACGACUUGUUCCCCCGACAAUACCUCAGCAACAAGGCUACCAACAGGCAACUGCUGCUCAGCAAAUUCCACUCUCCCUCCACACUUCAUUGCAAGCCCAGGCACAGCUCGGGUUGAGGGGCGGCCUUCCAGUUUCACAGUCCCAGGAGAUCUACAGCUCCAUCCCUCCCUUUAGGUCUCAGGUCUACAUGCACCCCAGCUUAUCCCAGCCCAGCACCAUGGUCCUGACGGGAGGCACGGCCUUGAAGGCGCCCUACUCCGCCUUCCCAGGAAUGCAGCCCCUGGAGAUGGUGAAGACACAGUCGGGCACCCCCUACCAAACCGUCGGCGGCAGCCAAGCUCUGGUUUACGAGGGUCAGCUCAACCAGGCAUCGCAGAUGAUGGACUCGCAGCUCCAGCAGCUAACCAUGUCAAUUCCAGGAUCCCAGCUUCCGAUGGCCCGUUACGGAUCUGGCCAACAGCCUCUUGUGUUAUCCCAGUCCAUGCACCUGCCCCAAGGACAGAAUCUCCCAGUUGGAGCCCCACGUAGGAUCCUGUCUCCCAACUCCCAGCCAUCUGCCCUGGUUACAAACAGGGAGUCUUCUCACAUGGAAAUCAAAGGAUUCUCCUUCGCAGACACUAAGCAGAGCAUCAUCCCUGGUGGGUCCAUCCCGUCUUCUCAUACUUACAGGCCCGGUUCUGCUACCCCCAGCGGGAAGCCCUCCGGAUCGGCCAUCAGCAUGAGCUCUGUGCAAAGGCAUUACAUUCAACAGGCAAAACAGCGAGUGGACGAGAACAAAAGCCUGGGAGCCGUGAAACUGCAGGAGCCUCCGUCAGCUGGUCAGAUGAAGCCCGUCCGCACAGGCGCCAUCAAGCCUCAAGCGGUCAAAGUGGAGGAGAGCAAGGCCUGA